UCAGGGGCAGCACCAAGAUGCUCAGGCCAACCUUCUCUAGGGCUGGGUGCUGGGGCAGCUUCUGGGCCCUCCUGACCUUGGUGGGCCUGGCCACUCGUGCAGCACAGAGAGCUGACAUCAGCGGGGAGGCAGCGGGCACGUCCAUCAACCACUCCCAGAUGCUGCUCCAGCGCCUACAGGAGCUGCUGCGGCAGGGCAAUGCCAGUGAUGUGGUGGUGCGGGUGCAGGCCCUGGGCACCGACGAGGUCCGUGUCUUCCAUACGCACCGCAUGCUGCUCAGGCUGCACAGCGAGCUGUUCCGGGAGCUUCUGGGCAACCGGAGCGAGGUGGUGUUACAGGAGCCCAGGGACUGUGCAGCUGUCUUUGACAAGUUCCUCAGGUACCUCUACUGCGGCGAGCUCACGGUGCAGCUGGCCCAGGCCAUCCCCCUGCACAGGCUGGCCACCAAGUACGGCGUGGCCUCCCUGCAGCGAGGUGUGGCCGACUACAUGCGGGCGCACCUGGCCGGGGGCUUGGGCCCGGCGGUGGGCUGGUACCACUACGCAGUGAGCACGGGCGACGAGGCCCUGCGCCAGAGCUGCUUGCAGUUCCUAGCCUGGAACCUGUCAGCCGUGGCCGGCAGCGCCGAGUGGGGCACCGUGAGCCCCGAGCUGCUGGCGCAGCUGCUGCCGCGCUCGGACCUGGUGCUGCAGGACGAGCUGGAGCUGUUCCAGGCUCUGGAGGCGUGGCUGGGCCGCGUGCGUCCGCCCCGCACGGUGGCCGAGCGAGCGCUGCGCGCCAUCCGCUUUCCCAUGAUCCCGCCCGCACAGCUGUUCCAGCUGCAGGCGCGCUCCCCCGCCCUGGCGCGCCAUGGCGACGCGGUGGCCGACCUGCUGCUGCAGGCCUACCAGUUCCACGCCGCGUCGCCGCUGCACUACGCCAAGUUCUUCGCCCUCAAUGGCAGCGCCUUCCUGCCGCGCAACUACCUCGCCCCCGCCUGGGGCGCCCCCUGGGUCAUCAACAACCCUGCCCGCGACGACCGCAGCACCAGCUUCCAGACGCAGCUGGGCCCCAGCGGCCACGACUCGGGCCGCCGCGUCACUUGGAACGUGCUUUUCUCGCCGCGCUGGCUGCCCGUGAGCCUGCGGCCCGUCUAUGCGGACGCGGCCGGCACCGCCCUGCCCGCAGCGCGCCCGGAGGACGGCCGGCCCAGGCUCGUGGUCACGCCGGCCAGCAGUGGCGGCGAUGCGGCCGGCGUGAGCUUCCAGAAGACCGUGCUGGUGGGGGCGCGCCUGCACGGCCGCCUCCUGGUCCGCCACGUCUACAGCUUCCACCAGAGCAGCGAGGAGGCCGGCGACUUCCUGGCGCACGCAGACCUGCAGCGGCGCAACUCCGAGUACCUGGUGGAGAACGCCCUGCACCUCCACCUCAUCGUCAAGCCAGUCUACCAAGCGCUCAUCAGAACCCCCAAGUAGCCAACGGGGGCGGCCCAGACAAAAUGAAGGCCUAGGGUAUGGGUUUGGCCAUAGGGUUGGGGCAGCCAAUGGAGGCAACUACCCUGUGCCCUUGGGUGGCCUAGACACCUCCCUCCCACCACCACCACCACGGUGCUACUGGGUGGAGUCCAGGUUGAGGGGUAGACCAGAUACCUGGUUUCUGCAGCUGAUUUAAAAGCAACACUUGGUUGAAUAAAUGAUAUUCAGAGAGGUUAGGGAAUGAUUGAA